GAACUCUCUUUAGGUUUAAUUGAGUCCAAUCAGGCCGUUCAGGUCCAGCUGCUGCAGGUCCGUCAGUCGACCUGCAUCAACUAUCACAGAGCUUCUGUAACACACAUCCAGCCAUGACUUUACAGCUGAAAACCAAAGCUCGACUCUUUGACCUGCACUGCUCUGUCGGCCUGACGGACUGGGACAUGGACAAGGAGCUGAAACUGGCAACAACCACCGACCAGUUUUAUCACGAUGACAAACUGAGUGAUCAAUACGUGGUGCAGAGACCCUCUGCACGAGCCUCAAGAAGAAAAGAUGAAUUCAUUUGGUACGAUAAAACAUCAGACACCUUUGUGAAGCCAAACCUGUGGCUGUUAGUGAAUCCAAACAUCGCCUGCCCGAUCCAGUACGGACAAACUGCAGCAGAUCAGCUGAGUCUCUGUGAACAUGCAGAGGAAAUCCGAACAUCUGCAGAGACCCAACGUCCACCUACCCAUGAUGCUCCUCUCCAGGAGAAACUGCUGCACUCUGUGUCCUCCACUGAGUAUCUGGAUGAAGAUGCCUCCUGUCGAUCAACCAAGAGCAGACGCAAAGGGAGAACCACAAAAGUCAGGGACAGUAAGACCCUGAAGCCAGGAUGCUGGCCUCGUCCACCAGUGAAUUACUGCAUCCUCAUCGCUUUGGCACUUAAGAGCAGCCACACCGGAAGCCUCAAAGUCCAGCAGAUUUAUAACUUCACUAGAGAACACUUCCCCUUCUUUCAGACAGCUCCUGAGGGCUGGAAGAACACCAUUCGACACAACCUUUGCUUCAACAGCAGCUUCCGCAAAACCUGCAACCAGCUGUGCAGAGAUGGCAAGAGGAAGUCCUGCUUUUGGCACCUGACUCUGGACGGCCAGCGCCGGCUGAAGGAUGAGAUCCGCAUGCUGACAGGAGAAUCUUUAAAGCAGCUGGAGAGGAGCAUGUCCUGCCCAGAAUUAGGAUGAUGAUGAUGAUGAUGAUGAUGAUGAAGAGCUGCCUCUCAGGACCCUUCCUGCUCCUCCUACUCCUCCUCCUCAGCAGUACUGUGUCUGGACUGGGAUCAGUGGUGUGGAAAAAGUAUACAGUCUUCCGAAAUCAUUUAACCUGGAAGGAGGCGCAAAGCUUCUGCAGGAG